AUGAGUAAAAAAGUCGAUCAUGUUGUUUUUUUCAAGCUGAGAGAAGUUUCCGAAGAGAAGGAAAAAGAACUGAUGGAAGAAUUGAAUGCUCUACCAUCAAAAAUUGAAGGUGUCCAAACACUCACCUUCGGAAGAAAUAUUACACCCGAACGAGCAAAAGGCUACAAUUAUGCUCUUCGAGCCACCUUUGAUUCGAGAGAAAUUAUUCAAAAGUAUGCAAUCCAUCCUGAUCAUGUAAAGGUUGCAACAAAGCUUAAGGAACUAUUUGAGGCACCACCCAUUUGCCUGGACUGGGAAUAUUAA